CUGUAUUAAUGUAAUUACAGAGAUCUCAACUCCUUGAUGCAAAAGGUAAAACAUACGAGAAUGUUCCGCUAAUGGGAUCUGGAUAAAGUGACUGGACAUUUUGACUACGGUUGGACAAACCACCUGGAACAUGGCUACGCUGAAGAUCAGUUGUUUACUCAAGGACUUUCAGAAGCUCACUCAUGUUGAAAUUGACCUGGAAAUCUCUGAGUACUUUUUGGUUUCUCUUGGCCAGGAUGAACCAGUAAUUAAAGUGCAGACAGUGGUGCCUUUUCCCUCGUUCCAGAUUUGCUUCAUAAGUUCUUGGUGGCCUUGCUUUGUGUGAAAUCAGACUGAAUGAAGGACUUGUCUACACGGGGACACUUCAGAGAGUGAAUCCAAAUAAACAGAAGGUGUGAAUUCAAAGCAGAUUAGUUACUAAUUACUAGUAACUGCUUUGAAUUCACCCCUUCAGUUAAUUUGGAUUAAUGUUCCUAAAGCCACUUUAAUGCCAAAUGAGAGUGUCCAGACAGGGGUUUGAGGUUUAAUUAAUCCACUUUGAAAAUUAAUCUGAAUUAAUUUUUACUGGGUGUCCUCAUCUAGACAAGACUGAAGGGUCUUCUUAAGAACCAGACGUGCUUUGCUCUAUGCAGAGAUGGUGAGGCUGCAGGCCAAAGCGCUGUGUCCUUGGAACUUAAUGACGAACCACCAGAGAGAGAGACACACACACACACAGAUUCUCAUCUCAGAGACUCCUAUGCAAACCCAGAGCCAGCCCUUUUUGACUUCAAUGCAGUUGCCCCAGAUUACCUUGGCAUAAGCCCCAGCAAACUCCAGCCCAGAGGGAGGUCUCAGUUUACCUGUGCUCUGGAGGAAUGAAGAUGAAGCUGCGUCACGGCUGCUCUGGUUGUGCACGGACAUCAGGUGGGGGAGAGAGCCAUUUGCCUGCUUCAUCCACGUAGAGUCGAAGCGUGAGGCGCUGGGACGCCCUUCUCUGAGUCCGUCAUAAUGUUCUUGGAGCGUGUUGGAGAGAAGCGUGUAUGAUGCAGUUGCAUGGGGUCCUGCAUUGCUAGCUGUGUCACGUGCUCGGAUCCCACGGUGACAAGACCCUUACACUGUAAGAUCUAUGGGGCAGGGGCUGCCUGUUUGUUCUGGGUUUGUACAGCACCGAGCACAUGACUGGCACUACUAGGCGCUACUGCCAUACUCCUCCUCUUACUAACCUGAAUAGAAAGGUUAGGCUGAAACGCCGGCCGCUAGUGUCUGUAAAGCUACCCGAGUACAUUCCCGCUGUGUGGGGCUGCUGGCUGAUUUCCUGAAGCGAGGGUGCUCAGGUUACCUCUACAAAGGCUUUUCAUUCCCCGGAGCCCUGGCUUGUUACAGAGGGGGAAAUUAGCUGCCUUUCUGCAGCGCAGCCUCUGCAAAUAGUUGACUCUUUCAUCUCUCUUCCUUCUGUUCUCGCUGAAGCACUCCGUCCCUUUGAUGGCGACCCCCGGGGGCUCGUCCCCUCCUGCCAGCAUUCCGAUUCCUGGUGCGAAUCCCACCGCAAGCCUUGAAACAAGCAGCUUAUCCUCGCCUGAAAGAGACACUUGCUUCCCUUUGUCUAUUUCUGGGCCUCUGAGUUGCUGACAGUUUAUUAGUUCCUGUUCUGGAAAAAGUAUUUUGAGAUCGUCUCUUUGCAAACAUUCACGUGGCCCGCAGCCAUGCCCCCUUGUGCUGUAACCGGGCCAGCUCUUCCCAGCUAAAAGCGGCCGGACAAGGCCUAGAAACAGCACGAGAGACCUCCACGGAACAGGACGGUGACACAGGAAGCAGUUCUGGGGAUCCAGCAGGUGGCGCUCUUCAUCUGCAUCAAUACCGUGCUCGGCAGCUGCUUUCAGAGGAAACGUGAAUCCGAGGCCAAGAGUUUCAAUGUUCUGACUUGCUCUAAGAUGAAGGUAUGGAAGUUUGCAGCCAUUGCCUCGAUGCUCCUCAGUUCCAUGUUGUCCAUUUUAGUUUGUAGAGACAUGCUCAACGGAAGCCGGAAAUACAGCCCCUUCCCUUCCUCGCCGUCAAGGUCAGCCUCCUCUUCUGCCUUGCCUGUAGGUCAGCGGAGAUCCCCGCGAUCGCUGGAGCACCGUGACCCGCUGAUCUCUCAAUACAGUACCUUGUUUGAAAGCUACACGGAGGGGGAAAUCCGACAGCUGAUCUCCACGUUGGUCGAGAGGUACAGCCAGUCCAUGAACUCCGGGGGGCACGAGCUGCCGCUCUUCCCCAAGCCUGGGAACCGCAUGAAGCGAGCCCGGGCCCGUCACAAACCCUGCGCCCUGAAGGAGCUGGAGGUGAGUGUCAGCGAGCUGGGCCUGGGCUAUGAGUCAGACGAGACCGUGCUGUUCCGCUACUGCAGCGGCACGUGCGAGACGGCCGUCAGGAACUACGACCUCUCCCUGAAGAACAUGAGGCUCAAGAAGAAAAUCAAAAAGGAGAAGGUCAGAGCCCGGCCUUGCUGCAGGCCUCUCGCGUACGACGACGACGUCUCCUUCCUGGACACUUACAACCGCUACUACACCGUCAACGAGCUGUCGGCCAAGGAAUGUGGCUGCGUGUGAAGCGGGGAAAGGGAACCUGGGAAGGUUGAUGUCGGUAAGGCAGCACCUCAAAAGCCAAGAGCCCGAGGGCCUAAAGGGAUAUUGCUGCGCUCCGAGAGUGAAAGGAACUAAGAGGGGACCCAGGCUCAGAGAGUCAAGAAGGCAACUGUUUCCAAGUCUACCUCAGUUCUGUGGUUGGACUCGAGGGGCAACAGGGAAACUCUUGUUGCCGGGUUGUGCUUUGAGAGAAAUCGAGGAGCCUUUCGACACUUCGACAGGUGCCUCCACGCUCCCCCCACCGGCCUGGUGCCCCGGAGCGUUGGGAUGCUCUAAGGAGGAGGAGCUGGGGAAUGGAGAGGAAGGAGGAAACACCUGCUGAUUUCCUCAGGGAUGCCGGCAUCCAUCACGCCAGCCUGGCAUCCACAUGCGCUUUUAUUGUAUUGCUCACACGAAGGGAUUGAGCAGGAAAGCGUUGCUGGCCACGUAUUUCAAAUCCAAACGGUGCCACUCGUCCUUGUCUUUGGAUGCAGUUGGACGGCCAGCUCCGGAACUGCGAUCCAAUCGGAAUGGAGGAGUCUGAUUGGCAUCCACAUUCCUAGUCCUACGAAAACUGAGGCCUCUUCUCAGAGGCUCCCCUCCGAGAUGGAUUGCGGCCUAAAGAGAAUUGCACCAGGACAUGGAGUUCACAUGGAUGGAACCUUGUUGGGUGCGGAUAAAUGACUGAACGGUCAAGAAAUAUUCUUUAUAUCCUAAGAUCAUAUCUUACCCUUAUUUUAUUGUAGACAUGCAGUAUAUCCAUGCUCUGUAAAUAUACAGGAAUAUAUAGAGAGAUAUAGAUAUAAAUAUUGGUGGCAAUCGCAGACAUACAGAAUACGAUCAUUCCUUCACAGCUGUUACGCCAAUGUUCUAGUGAGGUCAAUGAACAAUUAUUGGAUGCUUCCCUCCUCCCACCCCCAGCCAUUCCAUUGAUCUGGGCCAGGAGAGUGAUCUUAACACACCUGUCCAGUUGGUGGUUUUAACCAGAGAGAGGGCGAGGAAGAGGAUUGGCGUGGGGUGUGGGGGUGAUGAGAAUUUCAAAGCUGCCUUCAUUUUAAUGGGAACUGGGUGUUCGGAUCUCCUAGGCAGCCUUGAAAAUCUCAGUGUUACGCAUCAGUCAUAUUUACAUUCAGGUAGUUGGGAAAUGUGAUCGUUGAGAAGGAAUUUCCCAUGUUUCUACUGCUUUGAGCACCUCCUUUGCUUUCCAUCAGGUAGGCUUCUAUCCUGCUGAAAUGAACCAUCAUGCCUCUCCUUGGACUAGCUUUGCAGGGACACAACUGUAAUAGAGUUACUGGCGCCUAUACUCCUGCAGGGUCUACAGACUUCAUCAGACACCGAGGGAAGGUCUACACUACAAACUUCCGGUGAAGACUCUCUAAGCUGACAGCAGAGAGCUCUCCCGUCGGCUUAAUAAUUCCACCUCCGCAAGAGGCGGUAGCGAUGUCUGUCUACACGGGCGGUUGUCAGUAUGACUACGUUGCUCAGGACUGUGGAUUUUUCACAUCCCUGAGUGAUGAAGUUAUACUGAAGUAAGCGUGUAGCGUAGACCUGGCCUAAGACUUGGGUUUGCAAAGGAGCCUAAGGCCUUGUCUACACUUCAAGGGCAUGUUGCUUUGACUAUACCAGUGUAAUUAAAACGGUCCAACUUCCCUAGUGUGGACACGCUUAUACUGGUAUAAAGGUGCUUAUAUUAGUAUAGGGAAGGAGAAUAAACUAUAAAGCAACUUUUAUACUAGUAUAACUGUGUCCACACUAGGAGCUGUACUGGUAUAACUAUACUGGUCAAAAAUCACACUCCUAACCCAAAUAGUUAUACCAGUACAAAAUCUGUCUGUAGGCCACGCCCAAGGGAGUUAGGCACCCAAAUGCCAUUGAGUUUUGUGCAGUGGGGAUGAUUAGCGAGUAAGGCUGAGAGUGUUGACGCUGCCUUGGGGCUUCCCGUUCAUUUUGAUCGGGAUUUGGGCAUCAAACGCCUUUGAAAAUACCAGUCUCGGGCUCCGCUUUCCCACAGACCGGGGUGGCUGUUGAGCCCAGACUUCCACUUGGCUGUGCAAAAAAUUGGGGGGGAGGGGGGCUGCUCCAGCCUGGUCCGUCCUUUAAAAGGAAAAGGAGUUCCCUGGCAUUCAUACACAACUUUACCUCAAAUGCGGCUUUUUAAUGGACAAACGUUUGGUGUUUCCACCCCACCUUAGGGCCUGAUCCAAUUCCUGCUGAGAUCAGCAGAAAGCCUCCCAUCUCCCAAGAGCUGGUGUAGGCCUUCAGAUCCAUUCUAAUCACCUCUUGUUUGCCCACUCAUUGGAACCAUCUCUUUCCCAUCUUCCUUCUCAUCAGCUUUUUGUCUUAAGGCUCAUGCCAACCUACAGUAACUGGAUCAACUCUCCAUUUCCUCCACCGUUGCUGGGGUCGGCUCACAUGACCAGGUUGUCCUCAGUGCACCUUGUAAAAUGGUUUAGAAACACUCUGGAGUAUGAGAGAUGGGUGUUUCCAUAGGAUGGCGUUUUAGUCUGAGGGCGAGGGAUGCAUUGGGUUGUGAUACAGUGGAAGACCAGAGCGAUACAUUUAGGAUACCUACGAGCAAUAACAUCCUAGCUGGAGCUGUAAUAGAAGUUCAGUGGCAGAUCAGAAAGGCCGGAUCCCAAUCCAGAAGCAGUCGAAAUCAACAGGUCCAUCGGGAGCUGCGUGUAGGGUUGCCAACUUCGUAAUAUUUAAAAAGCAGACACUCCAGCAGGAGUGCCGGCAGCUCC